GCGCGAGGGCAGCAAUGAGCCCGAGCGCCAUUACGUUCACAUAUUUUACCACAAAAAGAGUGUCGCUCGGUUGUAUGCGGAAAAGCGACCGUGGAAACAAACACAAGCAUGCAUGUCCGGCGUUGUCAUUCCAGUUGACAACCAGCAGAAAUAAUGAUGGAGUUGGUUUGGGAUGACCACCCAAUCCCUGACGGUCCAUUCUUUACUAGAGAUCUCUGUGACAAGUACUCCCUUGCACCUCGUGUCAGCGAGCUUUGGAACUUUCUCAAUAGUCCCAGGGCUUCAGAAAACCCCAGCUCUUCUCCAAAAAAAGAGACCGCAGUGUUAAAAGGCAAGAGGUCCAGCAGACAGGUGUCCCACCGAGAUAGUGAUGGUCCGUGGGAAGACAUGGAUGCUGGAGGUGCAGAGGACAGUAAGGAUGGCACAAAGUUCAGCGCAAAGCAUGAGCAGAAUGCGGCUGGGGAUGCUUUCCCUGAACCCAGGCUGCCUUUUCCCUGUUUGUCCAGCCUCUCCAGCACAGAUCACUACACCUAUAUUCAGUAUUUGAAGGAUAAGAAUGGCAAGUCUCCUCCACAGAGCCUAACAAGGCGAUUAAACAAUGAAGUGAUGCAGUUCAUGAAGUACCUUCAAGAUGUUUCUAAAAUGUGUGCUGAUGACUACAACUUCAUAUCUCAAGGAGCUAUGCAAUAUUCUGAGGAAUUCUUCCGGGCCUGUUUACAGUACAUCAAGACGUUCCCUCAGUUCUACACCAUUACUGAGAUAACCAGUCUGACAGGGGGGACUUUUAAUCCGGCACUCACGCUGACAUUUGAAAAACAGCUGCUAAUAAUGGGGAGUGUGAGUAUUACACAACACAGGAUAGUGCCUGCUGAUGCACAGCUUGCAUUGGAUUAUCAGACUGUUUCAUCAGAGAAUCCUCCAGCUAAAAAAGCUAAGGACACGCACGCUAUGGUCAGCAGUGAUGGCAAUGCGGAAAAGCUGUGCGCCUUAUAUGAGCCCCAGGUCUGCCUGACCCGGGAUGCCCUGUGUAGGCUGCUGGACAACCACGGCCCCGACUUUGCCGAGCAGUGGGAGCUGCCUGUUAGUGUCAAAGCAACCCCAGGAAAAGGGAGCAGCCAGAAGAAGACUGUCUACAUAGAUUCACCCCUUCUAAAGACUGAGAUGACAGUUAGAGAGAGGAGCCAUAUCUUCCACCAGGAGAGUUUGAAGCUCUCUGUCGUUAAGAAAGGAAAUAAAAAUGUGUUCCAUUUGAUGACAGAGGGGCCUGCACAUGAAGAGCAAGUGUCACCGGAGGAACAUAAGAGGAGUUGUGCCUCUUUAGAAAACACCGGCCUCGACUUUGAGGUGGACCUUACUGACCUGGAGACGUUUGGAGAGACGAUCACUAAAAGGUCCACGAGGAAGGGGAAACAGAAGGAGGCAGAUGGAACAGUUCAAAGUAAAAAACUUCCAAGCCCCCCAGUUUUAGGUCGGGCUAAAAGGUCCAGCGAGCAUCUGGAUGAAACUAAUAUGAGCAGCAGUGCACAGGAUACUAUAGACGGCUCUUUGGCUAAAACCGAUGAUCCGAAAAAUGAGCCUGUUCUGCUGGUUACGAGUGAAGGAAUUCUACCAAAGAAAGACCCAGUGGGACAAAGUUCUUCCCAAGGGAGUGAUGAUGAGCAUAGUUUUACGGGAGAUUCAGAGGAUGAUAAACUGGCUAUUGAUGAGUCUGUAUCUCCAAAGACAGCACCUGCCAAACAAGCAGAGCCCAGGUCUGCAGCAUGCCUGGCAGAUUCAUCAGUGACCCCGGCUCCCGAGGCCUCUCCAGUAAGCACAGAGUUUUCCCCCCCUCAUAAAGGCACACGGUCCAGGACACAGUCCAAAAGAGGAAAGGUCUCAGGGGAUCAACUUGGUGAGAUCCUUCGCAUGCAGACGGCCAUGUUCAAGUCGGCCGGUGACAAAGCUGCCAUAAAGUCACCCGGCAGGAGCGUGGAGCCCUCAGUGCACUCUCAUCCAACGACCCUGGUCAAACCCUGCGUGACUUCCUAUUUGGAAAGACAACAGAAAGAGGACAGCGAGACGUGCGCCGCUCCUCACGAAUCUGCAUCUGUCAAGAAUGUUACAGAACACAGAAAAAUACUUUCACAAGUGCUUCAGGCUUGUGAUGAAGAUGAGCAAGACUACGAGUCACCAGCAGAGGGCAACGUGCUCUACAAACUCUACAGUCUGCAGGACUUGCUACUCAUGGUGCGCAGCUCCGUGUCGCUCACCCAUGGAUGGCACGUAGGCAGCAGCCGAAAUCAGUUCGUUCCAGUGCAUGUCUUGCCCAAGCUGGAGUACCAGCUCACUUAUGGCGUUGAAUGUCUAACCAGCAGUGAGGCUUGCCAGCUAUGGACCGAAACCCUGCUGCACCCGACCACUCUAUCAUACGUUGCUCACAUCAAUGCACACACGUCUAAAGUGGCUCUGCUGAGGAAGCUGCCCGACGACUGGAAAGAGAACAUCUCCGGCGGGUUCAAACCUUCAAAGUCACUGAACAUCCUGCACCACAUACUGAAGAAGCUAACAGGGUUAGAGGAAGGAGAGUACCUGAUCACACACAAAGCAUGGGAACCAUUUGUGACCCUAUUAAAAUCAGCUAAAGGAAAAGCGAGCCGGUCAGCGUACGACCUGCAGCAGAUCCACAGCUCCGUUCCACAGCCGCCUGCCUCAGGCCAUGUGCCCUGGAUACCUGUCGACCCCCACGUUCUCCUGCCCUUUCACCUCAAACACACGCGGCUCCCAUGCACCUUUCCACCAAAGAUUUUCCCAAAGAGAGCGCAAAAGAGAGCCGGCAACUAUGGAGGUGGCCAGAAGAGCAGCCCAAAAGCAAAAGGCAACAAGAAGGGAAAAAAGAAACGUCCAGCUACCCGGACACAAAAGAUGGCUUUGGUAUCAGAGUUUUUGGGACAGCUGUCUCUCAACGUUGCGGCAAAUGAACCCAGGUACCCCACCGUGGUCCCCGCUCUGGACUUUGACCCUGAGAGGGAUGCCGCCAGGAUAGAGACGGCUAUCAAAACCAAAGGAGUGGAUGAACAGACCAUCAUUGACGUUCUAACACAUCGGACCUACUCCCAAAGGAGAGAAAUUGCUUUUGCAUAUGAAAAGAGGGCAAAGAAGGACCUGAUCUCAGCUCUUAAGGCGGCCCUGUCUGGCUCACUGGAAACGGUGAUCCUCGGACUGAUGAAGAGCACGGCCCAGUAUGAUGCCUCCGAGAUCAGAGGGUCUAUUAAGGGCUUAGGAACAGAUGAAGAAACUUUGAUUGAGAUUUUGUGCUCACGCAGCAAUGAUGAGCUGGUGGAAAUCAAGAAGGUGUACAAGGAGUUGUUCAAGAAAGAGCUGGAAAAAGAUGUGGCUGGAGACACCUCUGGGAACUUUGCAAAACUGCUCUUAGCUCUUGUGCAGACAAAGAGAGACGACCCAUCUGCUGUGGUAGACUAUGAGAAGAUAGAUGAAGAUGCCAGAGCUCUUUAUGAUGCUGGAGUGAAGAUUAAAGGAACUGACGUGCCCACUUGGAUCUCCAUUAUGUCUCAGAGAAGUGUCCCUCAUCUGCAGAAAGUGUUUCAGAGAUACAAGAGUUACAGUCCCUACGACAUGCAGGAGAGCGUUGUGAAGGAAGUAAAAGGAGAUUUGCAACAGUCCUUCCUGGUUCUAGUUCAGUGCUUCGAAAACAAACAGCUGUUCUUUGCCAAAAGACUGAAUGAAGCCAUGAAGAGUAAAGGAGCCAAAGAGAAGAUAGUGACCAGAAUUAUUGUCUCCCGCUGUGAGGUGGACCUGAAAAAGAUUUGUUCUGAAUACAAGGACAACUUUGGACAGUCUCUGCAGCAGACUAUCACGGAACACACCAAGGGAGACUACCAGAAGGCACUGCUCAGUCUCUGUGGACCUGAGCAAUAAAAAUGAAUAGUCACCAUUACUUUUUUACCUCUGGAAGGUUGUACUGGAUAUAUGAGAUUUUAUAAUAUCACCUGGGAACAAGUUCAAGCAACCAAAGCUCGUUUUUCCACAAACAUACGAGUGUGUUACAAAAGAAAAAAGUUUUAGCCUUUCAUAAAGUUGCUUUUUUGGAGUUCUCGCGCUUACUUUUCUAACCCUUCACUUAGCAUUUUUCUUAGAUGUCGUUUUUUAAAUAACCACCAGAGGGCAGUCAAGUUUUAUUAAAAGCAACACCUGUGUCUCAGGGCUUUUGCUGUUUGAUGCCUGCUGCAGAAAUACAGCGGUUUUAGGAAUUUUAAACACAAUGAAAUAUUUGCCAGUGACUGACAUGUUAACAUGCUUUCAUCAGCUCUCUCACUCAUCAUCAAAGGAUGUAAAGCAGGUCAAAAUGAAUGAAAGCAGCGGCUGGACACUAUUUUACUCGCCCUGACCAGUGACAUUUUUUAAGUGUUUCUAAGGAAAAAUGGUUCGGAUGAUAUGGAUUUAUAUCUUCAACUUAAAAUGUCAUGAUUUGUCUCUGGAAAAUUGAGAGUGUGUGACAAAUAAAAUAAACAAUCAGCCUAUUUCUCUGCAGUUCUAUCAAGAUGAUUUAAUCAUUAGUGUGUUUUUCUGUGUUUGUUUGGUGCUAAUAUUUUAAUUGAAAAUGUUAAUUUUACCUCCGGCAAAGAUGAUUUGCAUACCACUAAACAAGCGUCUAUACAACGUGUUUCUGCUGUUUAGUUUGUGGUCUCUCAGGAUGAAAUAAGCACAACAGUGUUGUCAAGGCAUUUCUACUGAAGUAUAAGGAACAAAAUAGCCCCGAAAGGUAGAAGCAGAACUGCUGAACACACUGAUGAGGAAAGGAUGGGAAGGAAAGUGCAAUAAUUUAAUGGAAGUAAGCGGCGGGCUUUAGCUCAGAUUUGUUAGAGGACCAUCUCUUAUUGUUGGAGAAAUUGCCUGAUAAAUAAUGCUUCUGUCUAAUAUUUUAAAUGGUUGAGUAGCUAAGGAGAGAAAUGGUUUCAUAUUUUAACAAGGCAUUGGAUUUAUGAUCAUUUUGUAAUAAUAUUGAUGACAACAUUAGCCCUUUGUGAUGGUUUCUGUUUAUGGGCAAUAAAAAAAUAAAAUAUAGUGUAAAGUAAGAUAAAACAGUAUUUUGUAAAGCAGGGACGGAGAUUUAUGUGUGAAUAUGUCG